AUGAAAGCUUCGUAUUUGAUCUGUGGACUUUACGUCCUUAUAAACCUGGCCGCUACUGAUGAGCGCAACUUCCGGAUUUAUUUCGAUGAUUUUGUGAUAAAGUAUAAGGUGCCAGACAUUUUCGAAAAGGUGGAUUCGUAUGUAGUUCAAUUAAAUAAUCGGAGUUACGCCAACAUCGAGAUGGUACUUAAAAGGGAUCUUGCAGACGUUAAAGUUCGUGCUAUUAUGGAUUUUUGGAAACCAAAUAAUCCGAAAAAAAUAAGGUUUUAUGAUAUUCGUUUGGAUGCAUGUGCCUUGCUGCAAACUUUUCACAAAAACAAACUUUUAAAUUCCUAUAUGAAGAGCUUCAAAAAGCAUGCAAAUAUUAUUUUGCUUUGUCCAUUUAAAGCGAACUUUACCUACAAAUGGUCGAAUUGGUUUGUAGAUGAGCAGGAUCUUCCACCCUUUUUGUUCUUAGGUAAAUUCCGUACAAUUACCGAAUACUUUACCUUAGGACGAUAUAUAGCACGUGUUGUAGUUCAUGGCGAAGUUUUGCCCACGCAAUGA